AUGUCCUAUCUCGAAAAUGCAGUCAUGGACGAUUCGGCCCAGCAUCCAGCAGAUCCCCUCAUGAUCGCAAGGCUUGCGCAAUUCCCGAAGGGCGGAGCUGCACGCAAAUCGCUAGAGGACUGGUUGAGCGGUUCGACAGGGCAGCGAUGGGUGGGCAGGGUCAAUGUGUCGAAAAAUCUCAUUCAAGAUGGUCCGCCGACGACUUACGAUAUGGACGAGGUCAGAGUUUUGUUAGGCACCCAUGGUGAUAUCAGAAAAAACUUGUCCAGCAAAGGGAUCGAGGCCGAAUUGUUGAAAACACUCUGCGGCGAUCCAAAAGAAUAUCAUGUGCAGCCGUGUUCGGAUGAUUCGCUGGUUUAUCUUCUCAGCUUAAAGGAUAUUGAUUUAUUAAUUGGGAUGUGCCAUCUAAGUAUGCAUUCAACUCAUGUCGACUCUUUAAAAAGCUCUGACAUCACUACCGCAGUAAAGAUUGACAGCUACGAUUCGAUAUCUCCAUCGCAACCCCUCAACAGCAAGGCUGUACGCCUGGAUCGUUAUUUCAAAAAAAUGUACACUGGACCAGGCGUCCAGUGGCUGAAAAUGGCACUUCCCCGGUAUAUGGAAAUGUACAAUCGCGAUAUCCAUUAUGGGAAAACGAUCGUUGUCCUUCAAAGUAGCGGAACGGGAAAGUCUAGGACAUUGGCUGAAAUGGCGAGCUCGAGUUUCGUGGUGGCUCAUCCAUAUCAGAAUCCUCAAGAGAAUUGGGGUAUCAGCAUUUGUUUUCGUGGACUUGGGUCGAAGGGAACACCAGUUGCAUUGGAUGGGUACCCACUCGGCGAUAGGUCUGCUUUCGGCUGCCUCGAUAGGCUGCCAAAAGACGUGAUGAUGAAGCUCAAAUUUGGUUGUCAGGGUGCUGAUGCUCAACAGAGCGAAGAGAUUGCGGCUGCUUUCAUGGGGGCUCUUUUCGGCGUCGUGCAUGACACAAUCAUGGAUGCGAAACGUUCCUCUGAUAAACACAAGGAAGCUUUCGAUAAAUCUUGGGGUAUUUCUGAAGUCGCCCACCAGGCCAACGCGCCACGCGUUAAGAAUUUUGAGAAAGUUCGUACCAACGCCAUUGCCUUACUUAAAGAACAUACAGAGGAGAUAUUGGAUGCACGCCGCUUUGCUGCACCAAUGGUUUUUAUCACGCCUGAUUUGCAGGAGCCAGGGGGUUUAGGGACUGCCACAUGGGUAACAAAACUGUUUCAUAUCCUCGUCACCAAAUCUGCAGAAACUCUAGACAACGACCGGCGCGAACUAGAAUUGUCAUGCUUCACGUUCACGCUUGAUGAAUGUAAUCAAAUGAACUUUGAUCACAAGCCACAUCCAAACAAGAAGGAUCCUGAUAACCGUAUCACGCUUCCUGCGAUGCAAAGGGUAAUCAAGGCUAGUGAACAAUUCAAUUUCUGGUUUUUCAUGCUGGACACGAUCAAUGGACUUUCUGACGUGUACCCUGACACGCCGGCUAAGAAGGUAACAUCAUCGUUUCGCCUACAGUCAGGUCCUUUGAAGCCCCUUCCACCCUGGAUACAUAUGCCUCUCGACGUCAUGGUACCUUCGCCAGAGAAUUUACCCAAGACGCCUCUAGAAGCUCUCCUACUGGAUCACCUUCGGGUGUAUGGUCGACCGCUGUGGUCGACAUUUGAUGAUAAUGAGAUUGUGUAUGAAGCUAGUAGGAGACUACUCUGUGAAGAACCUCAGCAUUUCCCCAGCUACAACUCCGAUAAGAGCGAUUUGCAGGUCCUGGCCGUGCAUUCGACUCGAUUCAUCCUCAAUCUCACUGCCGAGGGUGCUGCGAGCCGAAUGGCCAUCGACUCCGCGAAUAGCCAUCUACGUGUUCUAACUGACUACAACGCAUCAACACGAAGGUUAAAAUCUGAAGUUUUGUCUGAGCCUAUCUUGGCUAUAGCUGCUGGCGACAAACUCCUCAAAAGCAAAGAAACAUACAAAAAAACUAUGGGGAUUCUCAUCGAGCGACUCCUCCUGGACAUGAAAGUCAUUUCUCUAGGCGAAAAUGGGGACCUUUGUGGUAGAAUGAUCCUCAUCGUCAAUCGUGAUGCCACUGUCCAUGCAGCAGGGGGUCAAAUUUGUGUUGUUGACACUGUGAAGCACAAGAUCGUUCAGGGACACCACAAUCAAGGGGGCUAUCUGCGUCAAGAGGGCCAUCUGCGACAUGCUGUACGACCUUUCCUGUUGCACUCAUAUCUCCGCCAGCUGGUGGAUCAGAAGGAGCUUUCCCAGGUCGAUGGCGCCUAUGACUCCGGCUUGAAAUGGGCGUCGAAGGUCUACAUGAACUUUACGCAUUUUGUCCAGCUCGAGGACUUCAUCGAAUCCGAACUUUCGUACGAGUUUGCCCUUCUGUGCUGGCGGCGAGGUCUGGCUUUGCAAUGUGUCGGUAGCCAACCUGUCAUUGACAAGCUCCUUGUCGGUUACCGUGGCGACCUUUCAAAGCCUUUCGAUCCCAAGAUGUUCGUCUUCAUCGUGGUGCACACUAAGAACCGGGUUUCGGUUGCACGGUCGGACUUGAUCAACACUAUUACCUGCCCAUUCCUCACGUCCGGGUCGGAGCGCUGGAAACCAGAGUACAUGGUAAUCCUGAUGGACCUAGGCACCACGCCUGCCGACUACGGGGACGCCGUUCAAGUUACCAAGUGCAAAGCCGUAAAGGGCUGGCAGGCCUGGUCUGCAUUUAAUGAAAUUGAAGAGUAUCCGGCCGUUCGCAUCAACAUGCGCGGAUUACGACCCUACCUUUCUCUGCACGAAUGGGCGCCUCAGGUGCUGCAGCUUGGAUCGAACAGGGGCUCGUUUGCUCAUGCCAAUGCAGCCAUCAACGUUCAACCAUAUCAACCAGCUCGGCCCGUUCGUCAGGGGCAGGGCCAGGGCCACGAUUUGGGGCUGCUUUCAAAUUGGGGGAGCAUCGCUGAAGCUGAUAACGAGCGCUUUCGUUGCUGUCUUUCCCACAACGACGACGAUAAUUUCCUCCUUAACGACGACCUCUUCCUACCUCGAGUCGCACCCUCUACUACUUCUCAGAUGCCGCCCGAUCCUGAAGCAAACUUGAACAGAGGAAAAUCGAUUCGCGGAACAUCAUUAGCGAGCGCACAGGCCGCUGCUCAACAACAAGUUAAGAGCUCGAAUGGGAAUCGAGGAUCAACAACUAAUCGCUCGCGAUCAAACCAGCCCGACCAUGCCAAUGCCCAGGCAGGUGAGCUCGUGAACCCAGCCAAAGACGAGCAGACUACUGGUGGAGAUAGAGCAGGCUCACCGAAGAAGCCGAGCACGAAGUCACGAUCGAGGACCGCUGAUUCUUCUUCGUCUUUGGACAUUGCUGGUCAAGCGCCUGUGGGAACCCCCAUUGCUGCCCCAUCAGGUGCGCAGGCCAUCGGGGCUAAUCCGACGGCCCGAUCAUCGGGUGCCCCAGCUGCGACUGGGAAAGCAAGUGGGGAAACGGGUGACGCUGACGCGACUAACAGGGAGAUGGUCGAUCUGGGAAAGCCGACCAAGCCUCUGAACACUUACCCUCCGGGGUGUAAAUCCAGCACCCCCGUAUUAUCUUCCUCCGAUCCCAGUGUUCGCCUCGUUAAGUCUUCGUCUGCCAGUGCUCAGGCCGAGCGCCAGAAGGCCCAGGCUGCAGCUGCAGCGGAAGCUCGGGAUCGAGCGAUCGCUGAAGCAGCAAAUACCGGGGAGGGAGGGCCAGAUAGUACUGCGCCUCCAGGUAUAGUCAGAUCGGAGGAUCAAGACCCACUUGCACUCCCAAGGCGUCUUCCUGGUCUCCCUAACUCUCGGUCGAGUACCCUAAACUCAGUACCACCAUCAGAAGGCGUUGAAUCUCAGGAACAAGAUUUAGGUGAUGCAGAGAACGUAGACUAUUCAGACGGUGAUUCCAAUGACGACUACGGCGAGGACGAGGACAUAUACGCAGACGCUAGGGCGAUCAGCGAAAAGCUGGCUACUCCAGGCUUCAAGGAGUCGCUAACUCAGGAGGAAUAUGACGCUCUUCGUCAUCAUCAGUUCCAGCAACAACAGCAGGAGGCUAAUCGUCAAAUGUACAUGCAACAACAGCAGCUACUCGAGGUGGCUGAGGCAAUAGCGCCAAAGCCUGGCAGCCGCUCUACAACUAACAUGUUGGGAAUUGGCGGGAGCAGCGACAAACCCCAGUCAUCGAAAGAGAAGCAACUGCGCAGAAAAAUCCUAGAACUGGAGUACGCAUGGCAACAGGAGAAGACCUCUCACGUAAACCUGGAUCAUCAUUACAGGAAAUUAUGGAAUCGCGGGAACGCACUGUCGGAGGAGCUGCAGAGAUCUCAGCAUCAGGUCCAUCGCCUACUGGACGAUGUCCGGAGCUUGACGCAUGAACUUGAGGCUGUCAAAUCGCAGCUUGCGGAUGCGAAGACGCUUUCGGAGGUUCGAGGCAAGGAGCUGAAGGGCGCUCAGGUGUUCCUGACUAAAGCCGACACACUGUCCACCACGGAUGUUGUGCAGAAGGUUAAUGCACUGAACGAGGAGAUAUUCCAAGCUGCUGCUCUUCUUGGAGAGAUGCUCCGGAAUACGGAACGACCGGAUAGGACACAGGAAGAGGUCACGGUGGCGUUUGAGAAGGCUGGGUGGAUGGUGGGCGAGCACAUGGCCAACAUCCUCGGUGCAGAGUCAGUGAAUCUCCGCACAGACCUCAACCCGCUCCUCGUCCAAGUCGUGUUGCAGAUCGCCAUCACUACUUGGUGCAAGUUUGUGGUCUCUUCGUGGAGGCCCAGUGAUAGCAGCGUGGCAGACUUUUUGGCAGCUAUCUACUCCGAGAUUCGCCAAGUUGAGGAUCAAGCCGUCUCUGGUCGUUGGCGCUCAAUCACGCGAGCCCAACUCCGCUCUUCAUCCGAUGACUGGACAGGAAACCUCAUGGGCGGGCUAUUGAGCGUCCUCGUCAUCGCCGGCUGGUCAACUCGUGAACUAGACCAACAACACCAAUUCGAAAGGCGCCUUCCACCCAUCUUCAAAGCCGUACAAGACCUACGCAAAGCUCUCGGUGAAGACGUCACCUCCAUGGACAUGGAAGUUGCCGUCAUCGAUGCUGGCGAUCCUUUCAACCCUACCUACAUGGAAGAUGGGUACGGGGACGCCAGAGCUUCGUCUGGGAGCGGGAAGAAGGCACCGGAGAAGGUUAGUGGGACGACGGGGUUGGGGUUACACAAGAUUUCGAUGAGGCAAACGUCGAAGGGCCCGGUCGCGCAUUCGGAGAUGGUGUUGUUCCCCAAGGUGGUUUUGGAGGGUACGGUGAAAGAGGCAAUGGAUCCUGCGCCUCCGCCUGCGUCGAAGUUGAGGAAAAAGCCAAAGACAGAUAGGCCUGGUAAUGGAGGCGGAGGUGGUGGAGGAGGGGCUCCUGCUACGGGUGGUACUGGCGCUGGUGAUACCCGCAAAUGAUGAUUAUAUUGAAAAAGAGACACAAGGAAAUGCCGGAGUGUCAUCGUCAGUUGUACAUUAGUCUCUCUCCCUCUCCCUCUUGCUGCUUGUUGUGGAUGGAACUACUUGUUCUUCCGAUUGAGAAUUGUAUUCAUUGGACAUUUUGGCUGGACGAUUCGUAACCACUCCCGAGUCUUGAGGGGCAGAAUACAAAGACUUGCUUCGCAUCGCCACUGUCAAAAAUUCUGGUCACUAGUACAGAAGGGUUCUAUACAUGUCUGUCCUUCGCAAAAUUAGGAUCGAAGUGAAGAAAUCUUUCGGAAAUCC